GAUAAUACAAACGACGCAGCGUUUAAAUGUCACCGAUCGCGUAUAGGAUUAUCCGCGGGAGGAAGAUGGUGGAAAAGGACGUUUCGCUCGACGUUUCAUUCGAUUUUCCUCCGAGAGGUCGUGCCUAUUUUAUUAAAAAUCUUUCGCGCGUGGAAGCGUAUAACGUGAACACACCGCUGUAUGCGAAAUAUGCGGGACGAGAGACUCGCGAUAUUCUACGCAGUUGCAGGGUCAAGAGCGGAGCAGACGUCUCUCUGCGUUCUUAUAGGAAUGUUCUUGAAGAAACAGAGUUUCGACGCACUGUACUAACGUGCUCGUUAGUUUGCACACGUUAGGCGACCUCGAGAUAACAUCGCGAUGAACCGGCCGAUGACAUUGCCGCUAUGUAUGCGCACUUAGGUAACAAAUGGUUGUACACGCGAGGACGAUUUCGUACCAACUAAGAAAUAAGAGCAUUCGCUCCGGUAACUCUCAAGCAAAUAGAUUUUUUCUGUGCAUAUAUAUAUAUAU